ACUGGAAUUCCAUCCCACUCCAAUGACUCAACUGAGGGUUCCAGUAGCAUGUGAAUCCGCCCUGUGAGUGCAUUUACUGUAUGUGUCUGUGUGUUUAUUUGAUGUGUGUUUGUGGAGGGAUAUCACAGGUAAGGUCAUCCUGCUUCCUCUCAAGGUUUCUUCCUUCCAGGAAGUUUGAUUGAUUUAUUGAUUAGGGAAGGUGUGAGUACAGGUGAGGCCUUGAGGAAGCGUGGUAGUUGAUGAUCUGUUUGAUGUUUUCUAUAGUUUAUAUAGUUUUAUAAUCCUCCUACAAUCUGAUGGAGCUCUGAAGUCCACUUCACACGUUAUCUAUAUUGGAUUUAACAUGACAACACACCUCAAUAAAUAACAAGGUCAGCAGUAAAACACAUCCACACACACACACUCACACAUACACACACACACACCCUCCGUUCUCGACACCACAGGUGCAUUUGAGUCGAAGAGGGAGUCCCAAAUGUUCCCCUAUUCCUAUUUUAGGGCACCACUUUUAAACUCAGGGGAAAAGGCUCUGGACAAAAGCAGUGCACUACAGAAAAAAGGUGCUAUCUAGAACCAAAAAGUGUUCUUCGGCUGUCCCCAUUGGAGAACAUUUUGAACAACCCCUUUUGGUUCCAGGUAGAACCCUUUUGGGUUCCAUGUAGAACCCUUUCCACUGAGGGUUCUACAUGGAACCCAAAAGAGUUGUACCUGGAACCAAAAAGUUUUUUUUACCUGGAACCAAAAAGGAUUCUCCUAUGGGGGACAGGCACAGAACCUUUUUGGAACCCUUUUUUUUCUAGGAGUGUACUGUAUAUAGGGGAAAGGGGGUCAUUUCAGAUCUAAUUAUGUUGAUAAGGGAGGGAACCUGAUCCAUCCGUACCUACCUGUCCUCCUUUUCCCUAUACUACACUACAAUCGCAAAGCACCUCUCCUUUUCCACUCUCUACUGCUUUCCUCCUCUCCCCCUCUUCUUACUGACACCUCAACCCCCCGCCCCCUUGACUAUUUUUGACCGACACACUCAUUCAGACAGCUGGACUCAGAGUACAAAUCAGAACAACCAGGGCACACACACACACACACACACACACACACACACACACACACACACACACACACACACACACACACACACACACACACACACACACACACACACACACACACACAUACAUCAAGAGACACGGUCAGGACAGAAGCUCUGACACACAAGCGCGCAGCACAGCAAGGAGUUGCUGGGUACAACAGGACAAACGUGACUGGGCCAGAACCCAGGCUAAGAACAUAGACGGACAAUACACACAUACACACUAUUGCAGAAGAUAACACACACCUGUUAGAGCAGUGGAGAUGACUGACACGUCUGCAGCUGAAGAGGAGAAGGACCCUGAUAUUGAACUUUUUGUCAAGGCAGGGAGUGAUGGGGAGAGUAUAGGUAACUGUCCGUUCUCUCAGCGUCUCUUCAUGAUCCUAUGGCUAAAAGGAGUCGUCUUCAACGUCACUACAGUCGACCUGAAGAGAAAGCCGGCUGACCUCCAUAACCUUGCUCCAGGCACACACCCACCCUUCCUGACCUUCGAAGGAGAGGUGAAGACGGACAUCAAUAAGAUAGAAGAAUACCUAGAGGACAUGCUGGCUCCACCCAGGUACCCUAAACUGGCAGCUAAGAACCGGGAGUCCAAUACGUCAGGAAACGACAUCUUCGCCAAGUUUUCAGCCUACAUCAAAAACAUCAGGCCAGAGAACAACGCAGUUCUAGAGAAAAGUCUCAACAAGGCAUUAGCCAAGCUGGAUGAGUUCCUUCUGUCCCCGCUGCCAGAGGAGCUGCAGGAUGGCAGAGAUGUGGCAGAAGGGGGGUCGUUACGGAAGUAUCUAGACGGAGACACAUUAACACUGGCCGACUGCAACUUGCUGCCCAAAUUACAUGUCGUCAAGGUGGUCGCUAAGAGAUACCGUAACUAUGAGAUCCCUACAGAGCUGCAGGGUGUAUGGCGUUACAUUCAAAAUGCCUACAGGCGAGAUGAGUUUACCAACACCUGCGCGGCUGAUGCAGAGAUAGAACUAGCCUAUCAGGACGUGGCCAAGAGGCUGUCCAAGUGAUAAUGCCUGGAAUCAUUACUCUGUGUAGUUUUUCUAAAUGAAUCAAAUCAGGUUUUAUUAAAUCCAAUAAAAUAAACCAGACUCAGUCAUAUAAAACCUAUUUUAGUAUAUCCUGCUUUCUUUUACACUUCUGGAAUUUUAGACUUUUACUCUAAUAAUAGUUUUUUUUUAUAUACACUGCUCAAAAAAAUAAAGGGAACACUUAAACAACACAAUGUAACUCCAAGUCAAUCAUACUUCUGUGAAAUCAAACUGUCCACUUAGGAAGCAACACUGAUUGACAAUAAAUUGCACAUGCUGUUGUGCAAAUGGAAUAGACAAAAGGUGGAAAUUAUAG